AUGUCGUGGUUAUUUGGUUAUAAAAAACCGGUAUCGAAUGUUCCACCCCAAGGUUUCGGUGGUAGUGGAGAUUCAUCAUCAUCUUCAUCGAAUAAUAAUGAGAAUGGAAAAUCGUCAGGAAUCAAUACUGAUUCUAAAGGUUUCGCUGGUCAUGAAUCUAUCUAUAAAUUUGAUUCGAGUGCUCUUGAACGAGCAGCCAAAGCAGCGAAAGAACUUGAACGUUCACAAUAUGCUAAUCAAGCAUUUGAUGUUGUUAAAAUGCAAGAACAAACGAAACAACUUGAAAUACAAAAAGAAAUGAAAGAAUAUUCUCAACAUGAAGAAGAAAUUCGUUUUAAACAUCAACAACAAUUAAAUGAAGAAAAACGACGAAUGAUGAAUGAAGAAACUCAUCAUCAAAAUGAAAGAGCAAAAUUUCAAGAUCAAUUAGCACGUAAACGAAUGCAAGAUCAAGCUGGUGAACAAGCUCGUUUACAAGAUGAAGAACGUCGUCGACAAGAAGAUUCUGUUCGAAAGCAAGAAGAAAUGAAACAACGUUCAAUUGAAUAUGCUGAACAAGUUCGUCAUCAAUAUGAAAUGAAGCGACUUGAAGCUGAAUUAAAAGGCAAAGCACAAAUCGAACGAGAAAAUCGUGAAAUUUAUUUAGAACAAAUUAAACUUAAAGCCGAAGAACAACGUAAAACUGUUCUUGAAAGUAUUAAAACAGCAGGUACUGUUGUUGGAACUGGUAUAACAACUUUACUUGAAAAUCCAAGUAAAAUUCUUAUGGCUACUGGUGGUAUUACUUUAUUAGCUCUUGGUGUUUAUUCAGCACGUGGUGCAACUCAAACAGCUGUUAAAUAUCUUGAUUCACGUCUUGGUAAACCAUCAUUGAUACGUGAAACAUCUCGAAUAACAUUACUUACUGCACUUCGUUCACCAAUAAAAACAGCGCGACGUUAUUUUUUUAGUAAAGCUGAAGAUUCAUUACAAGGUGUAGUACUUGAUCCAACACUUGAAUCACGUUUACGUGAAAUAGCUAUUGCAACACGAUUUACAAAACGAAAUUAUGGUCUAUUUAGAAAUUUACUUAUGCAUGGACCACCGGGUACAGGAAAAACUCUAUUUGCUAAAAAAUUAGCAGAUCAUUCUGGUCUUGAUUAUGCAAUAAUGACAGGUGGUGAUGUAGCUCCAUUAGGUCGUGAAGCAGUUACAGCAAUACAUAAAGUAUUUGAUUGGUCACAAACAAGUCGUCGUGGUCUUUUGUUAUUUAUUGAUGAAGCUGAUGCAUUUUUAAGAAAACGCGCAACAGAAAAAAUUGGAGAAGAUAUGCGUGCAGCACUCAAUGCAUUUCUUUAUCGAACUGGUGAACAAUCUAGUCGGAUUGUCUUUCAAGCUUUUGAAGUUAUUGAAGAUCGACGAUUAUGUUUUUAUGUGAAAGAUGUAUUUAAAACAACACAAAUAUGUAAUAAUGAACAAUUUCCAUUUGUAUAUCAUCAUAUUGGAUCAUGUAUAAUAUCUAUUGAACCGGAAUUCACUUGGAUAUUAGUUAAAUAUAAUAUUCGAAUUGAAAAAUAUAAGAAAAUUACAAAGAUUAAUAAAAUAACUUUCAAUGAUAAUCAUAUGGUAUUAAUGCCACCAAGAACAAUUCAUCCAUUUAUUCAUAUUGAAUGGUCAGUUUCUAUGGAUAAUAGUUCGAUAAUUAUUUUUGAUAUUGAAAAUUUCAAUAGAAAUAUACCAGCUGAAUUAAUUAUUCGUCAAGAUGAAAAUAUUACUCAAACAUAUUUAUUAGAUACAAUAUCAUUAACUCGUUUUUGUUAUGUUUUAUUUUCUUUAAAAUCUUCAUUUCAAAUUAUUUAUAAAUCAUUAUCAUUAUCAAUUUAUAAUCAAAAACGUUCAUUUCGUCUUAAUCUAUAUAAAAUAUCAAAAACAUAUUUUCAUAUUCGAGAUUUUUAUUAUAUUUCAUGGAAACAAAAUCAAUCAGAUUUUAAAUGGACUAUUGAUGGACAAUAUAACAAUUCAAUAUUUUUAACACAUUUAGUUUCUUCAAGUAAUAAUUUAUUAGUUGAAACAACAGCAAAUGUUAAUAUCUCAAUGAAUAAUUCAUCAAUAUAUAUUCCUAGUUCAAAUUUUGUUAUGCGUUAUAAACCACAAAAUAAAUCGAUUAAUUCAGAUUUUAUUCUAAUUCUUUAUGAACAACAAGAAAACAAAUCUAAUAAAAAUAUAAUCUUAAAUAAAACUGCCGAUAUACUUGAAACAAAUAAUUAUGCUUCAUACAAUAUUCAUAUAUCGUCAAAAACUUUUUAUUUAAUUGAUUUUAUUAUAAUCAAUGCAGAUAAUGGUACACUUAUUCGUUUAUAUGAUUUAAACGUCAAUCAUAGUGAUUAUUUUUUAUUGAAUUCAUCUUUGAUAAUAACAAAAGGAUUAUCGUCUCUUAUUGGUUUACGUUUUUCAAUUAGAAGUUUAAAAAUUAAAAUAGAAUUAGAAUCAUUAACAAAAAAUCCAAUAAAAUUACGUUAUAAAAUUCGAACUACAUUACUUAAAAAUGAGAAUUUUCAUCAUUGUUUCAUAAUCGACACAAACUCAUAUAAAAAUAAUAAAAGUCAAACGUACAAUGAAUCAUGUUCUAACUGGUUUGAUCAUAUAUCAACGUCAAUGAAUAAUACAAAAAUCCAUCAUUUAUGGCCAUAUGCAUUUCAUGGUAGCGUAACAUUGAUUAUUGAAAAUACGACAAUUGAAAAUUUUGAAAAAGCAAUUUAUCGUAAUUUACGUCAAAGCAUAGCAAAAAUUAUACGUAAAUUUUGUUUAAAACAUCAAGAACAUUGUUUAAGUGAAGACACAGAUUCGAUUAGAACUGAUCAUGUUAUUAUACAAAGUUAUGAAGAACAAUUAGAUAAUCAUCAUUUAUAUGUAUCAAUUUUUAUAAAAGACCCUUAUCGUCAAACAAUAGCUUUAACAAAUGAUCAAUUUUUACUUGCACUAAAACAUAAUCAACAAGAAAUUUAUCAAGAUAUAAAACAUCAUAUUAAUUUACCGUCAAAUAUUUUAGAACAAAAUUCAUUAGAUUCAAUUUGGUUAUAUGGUGUUUGUUUACUUGCUUUAAUUGUGCUUAUCGUUGUUGUUCUUAUGCUAAUUACUAUUUUUAUGAGAAGAACAUCUCAAUCAAUAACUAAAAUCAAUAAAAAUAAACGUAUAAAAAAACCUAAACAAACCAUUUCAACUAAAAACAAUGAUAGUUUUUUAAUUUCAUAUCCAAUACAACAAUUAACUAAUGAAGAUGAUGAACAGAAUUUAUCGACAUGUAUUAAUGAAACUGUUAGUUUACAAGCAGCAAAUACAAAUUUUAUAGAAAAUUUAUCUCCAUCAACAACAUCAUAUCAUCAUGGUCCAACAAGUCGUACAUCAUAUUUUAAUAGUAAUAUUGAAACAAUUAUGAAAGAACGUUUUCAUGAUGAUGAACCAAUACCAUUUAUUGAUGAUAAUCUUUCUAUUACACAUAGUAGAAAGAGUAGUGUUUGUUGGAGUGAUAAAACAAGUUUAAGUAGUCGAUUUAGUUUCGCAUGGAAAUUAAAUAGAAUACGUUCGACAGCACAAAAUCGUUCAAUAUUAUCAAAUGAAAAAGAAAAACGACGAUAUCAUCAUCGAACUAUUCGAUAUACUCAACCAUCAUCACCAGAAAAUUAG